CAGCGCUUCCUUCAGCAGGCCACAGUCGGCCUAGAGAUCCUCCAGAGCCAUGAAGACCCUGGUGGUUGCUGCCGUCCUGGCCGCCUUCUGCUUGGUGGCCACAGAUGCUGAGCCUUCCCCAGAUGCUGAACCAGGCUUCCUUGGAGGCUACCGUGGCCACAAUGUAGGCUUCCUUGGCGGCUACGGUGGAGGCUACGGUGGAGGCUAUGGCUACCGCGGAAAGAGGAGUGCUGAGCCUUCCCCAGAUGCUGAACCAGGCUUCCUUGGAGGCUACCGUGGCCACAAUGUAGGCUUCCUUGGCGGUUACGGUGGAGGCUAUGGCUACCGCGGAAAGAGGAGUGCUGAGCCUUCCCCAGAUGCUGAACCAGGCUUCCUUGGAGGCUACCGUGGCCACAAUGUAGGCUUCCUUGGCGGCUUCGGUGGAGGCUAUGGUGGAGGCUAUGGCUACCGUGGAAAGAGGAGCGCUGAGCCUUCCCCAGAACCAGGCUUCCUUGGAGGUUACCGUGGAGGCGUCAUUGGACACCACGGGGGAGCCUACAGAGGAAGAUUUGGGUACUACGGUUGACCACAGUGGCUUCCCACGUGCGACUGUCAUAUGUUUAGAAUCUAAUAAACAAAAAUAUUCAUAAA